UUGGAAACCUCACACACGACACAACGCAAGUUGGCCAAGAUGGCAGCCCAAAUCCCCACUGAAGCUCUCAAGGAGCUGAAAGUGGCCGAAGGAACCCAGCCGGCUGGCCAGGCAGGGAACUCGGCCAACGGCCAUGCCGAAGACGCCCACGACGGAGAAGACUCCGAAGAUGAGGCAGAAGAACCCUCCACCACCGGAGCUGCCAAGAAGAAGAAGAAGAGAAAGCCCAAGAAGAAGAAGAAGGCUCCCACCAGCCAGACCGAGCCUCCCCGGGUAAUGGUCAGCCAGCUGUUCCCUAACAAGACGUUUCCCAAGGGCGAGGAGGUCGAGUACGUGAACGACAACGCCUACCGAACCACCAACGAGGAGAAGCGCCACCUCGACAACCUCAACAGCGAGUUUUUGGCCGACUACCGAGAGGCCGCUGAGGUGCAUCGUCAAGUGCGACAGUAUGCGCAAAAGGUCAUCAAGCCCGGCCAGACCCUGACCGAGAUUGCUGAGACCAUUGAGGACAGUGUGCGUGCUCUUACGGGCCACGCGGGCCUGGAGGAGGGAGAUGCCCACAUCGCCGGUAUGGGCUUUCCUUGCGGUCUCAGCUUGAACCACUGUGCCGCUCACUACACUCCCAAUGCGGGCAACAAGAUGGUGCUGCAGCAGAACGACGUCAUGAAGGUGGAUUUUGGUGUUCACGUCAACGGAAAGAUUGUCGACUCUGCAUUCACCAUGGCAUUCGAGCCCAAGUACGACCCCCUGCUCGCAGCAGUCAGGGCCGCCACCAACGCCGGUGUGCGCGAAGCAGGCAUUGAUGCCCGCGUGGGCGAGAUCGGUGGUGUCAUUCAGGAGGUCAUGGAGAGCUACGAGGUCGAGAUUGACGGCACGACGUACCCCGUCAAGAGUAUCCGCAACCUGACGGGACACACCAUCCUGCCGUACAGCAUUCACGGCACAAAGGCCGUGCCCAUUGUAAAGAGCAAUGAUCAGACCAAGAUGGAGGAGGGCGACGUGUUUGCCAUUGAGACAUUUGGCAGCACGGGUAACGGAUACGUUCGUGACGACGGAGAGGUGUCGCACUACGCAAAGGUUGGCGACGUGCAGCACGUCGACCUCCGCCUCAGCUCGGCCAAGGCGCUGCUCAAUGUGAUUAACAAGAACUUCGGAACGCUGCCCUUCUGCCGACGAUACCUCGACCGCCUUGGCCAGGAGAAGUACCUAUUGGGUCUCAACAGCCUGGUGCAAAACGACAUUGUCGAGGCGUACCCGCCCUUGUGUGAUAAGAAGGGCUCGUACACCGCUCAGUAUGAGCACACUAUACUUAUCCGACCCACCGUGAAGGAGGUCAUCAGCCGGGGAGAAGACUACUAGAGUCAAGAUGAAUUCUGGAAUACGACAUUCUUGAUAGUCAGCCCAUGGGGACAAGGAGAUAAGUCACGGCAGAAGUGAUUGUAGUAGUAGUAGCGGUAUUACUAAAUGUGCUACUGUUGCUGCUACUGUUACUGCUGCUACGUGUUUAAGGUCCUUUGAUAAGGCACCUAGCUAGUACUAAGCUACCUACAGUAUGGAUAUAGUACAGUAGAGAUAUAAGAAAAAAGAAACAUCAGCUUCAAUACUGGAGGUAGAUACUCAAUGGCGGUUGUCGGUUGAUAUCUGCGGGGUGCAAUUGAAGAACCCGAGGAUGCGGCUGAGUAGGGCAAGGCCAUGCUUCUCCGCAUCAGAUCGAAGCGGCCUUCCCCGGGAUCGUGGAAAUGCCCAUAAGGCUUAAACAAAGGAAAAUCCAUGGAUAAUCAAUCGAACACCAAGAAUCCAAAAAGUUGGC